AUGUCUCGAUCAAAUCCCCCGAACCCCCAGGGUUCGCGCAAGAUCUCGUUCAAUGUCAGCGAGCAAUACGACAUCCAGGAUGUCGUCGGUGAAGGUGCAUAUGGCGUUGUCUGCUCUGCGAUACACAAGCCUUCUGGCCAAAAGGUGGCCAUCAAGAAGAUCACGCCUUUUGAUCACUCCAUGUUUUGCCUACGGACCCUGCGCGAGAUGAAGCUCCUCCGGUACUUCAACCACGAGAAUAUCAUCUCGAUCCUCGACAUCCAGAAGCCCCGCAGCUAUGAGACCUUCAACGAGGUCUAUCUCAUUCAGGAACUCAUGGAGACCGAUAUGCACCGAGUCAUCCGCACGCAGGACCUAUCGGAUGACCACUGCCAGUACUUUAUCUACCAGACCCUGCGCGCCCUCAAGGCGAUGCACUCUGCCAACGUUCUCCACCGAGACUUAAAGCCCUCCAACCUGCUGCUCAACGCCAACUGCGAUCUCAAGGUGUGCGAUUUCGGCCUUGCCCGCUCCGCCGCCUCGCAAGAGGACAAUUCUGGCUUCAUGACGGAAUACGUCGCCACCCGCUGGUACCGCGCCCCCGAGAUCAUGUUGACCUUCAAGGAAUACACCAAGGCCAUCGACGUCUGGUCUGUCGGCUGCAUCCUGGCCGAGAUGCUCAGCGGCAAACCUCUCUUCCCCGGCAAAGACUACCAUCACCAAUUGACGCUGAUUCUCGACGUGCUCGGUACGCCGACCAUGGAGGACUACUAUGGUAUCAAGUCGCGCCGCGCCCGGGAAUACAUUCGCUCUCUGCCCUUCAAGAAGAAGGUCCCCUUCCGGACCCUCUUCCCCAAGACAUCGGACCUGGCGCUGGAUCUUCUCGAGAAGCUCCUUGCCUUCAACCCCGUGAAGCGCAUUACCGUCGAGGAGGCCUUGAAGCACCCGUAUCUCGAACCGUAUCACGACCCGGAGGACGAGCCUACCGCGCCGCCCAUCCCCGAGGAGUUCUUCGACUUUGACAAGCACAAGGACAACCUGAGCAAGGAGCAGCUGAAGCGGCUGAUUUAUGACGAGAUCAUGCGAUAG